GGAAUUCUCUAGCUUUUUUCCUUUUUUUUUUUUACCUUUACCUCUUAUCCCAUUUUCCUUUCUUCUUUACAUCAUGUCCGCUGUACCUACAAGCAAAGAUUUGAAGACCAAUGAUUUGUCGGUGUCACUGGAUUUAAGCAAAGCUCCUUCCGCCGACGAAUUGAAACCUUAUAUUGAAUUACAGCAUGCUGCCAAUUACCUUGCGGCUGCCAUGAUUUUCUUGCAGUCAAAUGCUCUCCUUCGACGCGAACUGACAAAGGACGAUGUCAAACCACGCUUGUUGGGUCACUGGGGUACUUGUCCAGGCAUUAAUCUGGUUUAUGCUCACUUGACUCGUUUGAUUAAGAAGCAAAACCUCAACAUGAUGUUGGUGACCGGUCCUGGCCACGGUGCACCCGCCAUUCUUGGCAGCCAAUACCUCGAACAAUCCAUCACCAAAUACUACCCCAAGUACUCCAUUGGUGAAGAAGGUUUGGAAAAGUUGGUACGCGGCUUUUCCUGGCCUGGCGGUUUCCCUAGUCACAUUAAUUCCGAAACACCUGGCCAAAUUCACGAAGGUGGUGAACUCGGUUACGCUUUGGCGGUGAGUUUCGGUGCGGCUUUGGAUAACCCUGACCUCAUUGUGCCAUGCAUUGUCGGCGAUGGUGAAGCCGAAACCGGUCCGACGGCUACGGCAUGGCAUUUGAUCAAAUACUUGGACCCUGCCAAGUGUGGUGCUGUCUUGCCCAUUCUCCACUUGAACGGCUUCAAGAUUGCCGAACGCACCAUUUCCGGAACCAUGAGCGAUGAUGAAGUUACUGCCUUGUUUACCGGUUACGGUUACCAGGUGCGUAUUGUAGGCACGGAUCUCGACAAGAUUCAAGAGGAUAUGGCCAUGUCGUUUGAAUGGGCUAUUGGCGAGAUCCACGCUAUUCAGAAGGCGGCCCGCAGUGGUCAAGCCGUGUAUAAGCCCCGCUGGCCCGUGAUCGUCUUGCGUUCGCCUAAAGGAUGGACCGGUCCCAAGAAAGCCCACGGUGUCCAGAUCGAAGGCACAUGGCACGCUCAUCAAGUACCUUUACCUAAAGCCAAGACGGAUGACGAAGAAUUCCAGUUAUUGAAACAAUGGUUGGAGAGUUACAAACCCCACGAACUUUUCGACGACAAUGGCCGUCCUAUCAAGGAAAUCUUGGACUGUUUCCCUCAAGACGAGCGCUUGCGUAUGGGUCAGCGCAAGGAAACCCACGGUGUGUACAAGCAGCUCAAGUUACCUGCAUGGCAAGAUUACGUGUCGGCGGAUCCCGACGUGAGCGCCAUGAUCUCGGCUGGCGACUAUCUCGCGGAAGUGUGCAAGAACAACGAUGAUCGUUUCCGCAUCUUUUCUCCUGAUGAACUGACCUCGAACAAGUUGACCAAGGUCUUGGAAGUCACCAACCGUACCAUGGAAUGGGAUCCCGAUCUGUUUACCAAGGGCGGUCGUGUCACCGAAGUCUUGUCUGAACAUUCUUGCCAAGGCAUGUUGCAAGGUUACACCUUGACAGGCCGUACGGGUUUGUUCCCCAGUUAUGAAGCGUUCCUCGGCAUCAUCACCACCAUGAUCAUUCAGUAUGCCAAAUUCCUCAAAUUGGGUAAGGAAACCCUCUGGCAACACCCAGUGCCUUCCAUCAAUUACAUUGAAAGCAGCACUCUUUGGCGUCAAGAGCACAACGGUUUCAGUCAUCAGAACCCAGCUUUCCUCAACAAUUUGAUGAACCUAAAGUCCAACAUGGUCCGCAUCUACUUGCCUCCCGAUGCCAACUGUAUGCUUUCUACUUUGGAUCACUGUCUCAAGUCCAAGAACUAUGUCAACUUGAUCAUCAGUGCCAAGAACCCUAUGCCGGUGUGGUUGUCCUCGGCCAAGAGAGUGGAAGAACAUUGCCGUGCCGGUGUCUCGGUGUGGAGCGAAUUCAGUACUGAUGGAGGUCGCGAUCCCGAUGUGGUGCUUGUCGGUUGCGGUGUCGAAACAACCUUUGAAGUGAUUGCUGCGGCCGCCCUUCUUCGCAAAGACUGUCCCAAGUUACGUGUCCGCGUUGUCAAUGUGACGGAUUUGAUGGUGCUUGGUUUCACGCAUUCGCACCGUUUGACCACGGCUGAAUUUGAUGCCAUCUUCACCAAGGAUAAGCCCAUCAUUUUCAAUUUCCACGGUUAUCCCUCGGCCAUCAAGAGUUUGGCCUACGAUCGCGUGAGUGGCCGUCGUAUGGCCGUUCACGGUUACAACGAAGAAGGUACUACCACCACGCCGUUCCACAUGCUCACUGCCAACGGUUGCUCCCGUUACGAUAUUGCCAUUGACGCCUUGGAACACGUGCUGCCCAACGGAGCUGUCGAUAUGGACGCUCGUACUCACAUUGCCAACUACCGCCACGCCAUUCGUGAACACCAAAAGUACAUUGAAGCGCACGGUACCGAUCCAAAGUACCUUGCUGAAAAGCCAACCUUUGAUUAAAUGGAUGUCCAAAAAAAAAAAAACUGUUUGUCCUGUACAUAUCACUAUGUUUGUAAUUCAAUAAAGAAAAGAAAGUUAUCAUCAACCCAGUCCUUUUUCAUAAAUAUGAUAUGCC